GUGGUGUUUGGCGCGCCGUACAAAGUGUUCGGUACUAUCGGGUUGCGAGGGACUUCUGGAAGACGCAUCUUAUUGGCGCUAUUCGGGCAAGUAUUGCGCUGUGACCAGCAUAUUCUUUCUAUUAUCAGACUUUAAUCAGCCUAGAUAGCAAGGUAAUCAGUCUCAUUACUCAUUAUACUCAUGAGUUUGAUAUCAUCUGUAAAAAAUAGUGUCUGCAGGCGAGACUACAAUUUGUGGACGAACCAAUCAGGUUUACGAUAACGGGUCUUGCGUUUUGGCGCGAAAUUCAUUCACCCAUUUGGCUAAAUGGAAUCCUGGUAUUAUAGCGGAUGUCAGGUCGUGAUGAAAACCAUAAAUCUAAUUCCUGACCCCAACCAUCAACUAUAAAUCAUAAUCCUUAUUCUUCAAACUGCUUUAUAACCCUCACUUAGCCCUAUUAAGUAGGUAGACACUCAAAGUCAUUAUAGCGUCUCUCAAAUGUCGUGCACUAAUUAUAGUCUCACCCUUUCUGAAAUCGAUAAAUAUCUUAUCUGCAGACAAUGCCGUAUAUUGUGCCGCUGUCCAUUGCAUUUGUGUAAUUAUUCUGUACGUUCUCUAUUAGUAGGCUUAAAUCAGUGCUAUUUGUAUAUAACGUGAAAUAAUGUGGUUAGUUCUUCUCUAGAGCAUCACAAAAUGUUCUUGAUUUAUUCGAAGACGGUCACAUCUAAAACCAGCAUGAUUUUCUUGAGUUCAGUUUUCUUGCAUCCCAAUAGGCCAUCUUAUGUUCAAACGUUGUAUAACAGUGCCAGGUCUUAGGUCGGAUUAAUUCGAAUUCGGUAUAUCUUUGGGUAAUAUUUUAAUAUAUAUGGAGUCGCCAAUGUAAUGUAGUAAACUUUAACCAUGACUUCGGUUGUUUCAUAUACAUGUAAAUAAUACUAAUCUUAUGUACAGUGGCUUUGUUUCUCACUCCCGACCGUUGUUGCUACCUUGACAUGGUGGUCGGGCUUGCCUAUCGUGAUGAAGCAACCGAGCUAUACUGGCUGGAACAACCGUUCCUCAAGGUCCUACCAUGUCAGACAGGUCGGUUGAAGAGCGGUAAGACUAAAAGCAACAAACCCAAGGUCCGAAGGCGAAGUCGUACUGCUGACUGUACAGAGGUGUGACAGCAGUAAGGUGUUUGCUUCAGACAACCAGCAUGACAGCGAUGCUGCCUUCCCACAUGGAGGGGUGGGGUUAGAAAAGGUCGACCCUAAAAAUGCACACCUCGCCUUAUCCCACGGAUAUCCGUUUCCGGCGGUAAGGUCUCAACAAGUACGAAGCUAACACAAAAAUUACCCAUGAAAAGGUCGUGUAUGACUGACCUCAAGCAGUUGUCCCUUUGGCACUGCGGUCACGCUCUCAGGUCAAUAAGACCACCUCUAAUCCAAUUUCCUUUUCAGAUACCUCCAGAAGAACCCUUCUACGGUGUGGGCAAUCGGGAAGUGAUAACCGCCCUCAUACCUCUAACAACACUCAAGACCACUGUAUUCAUAAUCAACCUUCCUCUUCAAUUCCUGUUAUUCCUCCUACAUCGACUUUCAACUUUAAAUUUCCUCUUUCGGUUUCCCCCUCAAGUGUCACCAUAGCCAACGAUUCUAGUGCGCAAAACACUGUCCCAGGUCUACUGAAACCUCGCUCCAAACUACGCAUUGAAGCCUUCAAUGUAUGCACCCUAUGUCAAAUCGAUCAGCAGGCUUCCUUGGCUAAAACCCUAGAGUCUCUUUCCAUUGAUGUAUGCUGUGUCUCUGAAACACGCAUACAGGAUUCCAGUGUGGUCAUUCACUUGACCUCACCUCGGCAAAACGGAGAGCCAACGAGACACACCCUCCAUGUAUCUGGUGACCCGAUGGCCAGCAGGAGUAGGGAUAGCACUAAGCAUGAGGGCGGAACAAGCACUAUUAGAGUGGAUCCCCGUCAACAUUCGUUUAUGUGCUGUUCGGCUAAACGGCUACGUAAGAACUCGGAAGGAUAGGGACACACGUCGUUGACUUUUAGUCGUUUCUGCCUACGCUCCCACCGACUGCAGCUCAGAUGAAGUGAAAGAUGAAUUUUACAGAAAGCUAUCUGAACUUCUUCAAAAAGCUAAACGUUCAGACAUAGUACUCGUAGCAGGUGACUUUAAUGCCCAGAUAGGUAGUUUAAACCAAACAGAAAGGCAUUUAGGUGGGCAUUUUGGUAUUCCGGCUCAGUGAACAGAUAAUGGUGAUCGUCUGCUGCAACUGUGCACCGACAAUCGUUUAUUUUUAACAAGCACUAGUUUAAAGCGUGAGGAGAGACGUCGUCUAACAUGGCGACCCCUUGCACCAAACCAACGAUGGACUCAAAUAGAACCAUUGCCAUCAGUCAUCGUUGGAGAGGGUCGGUAGAAGAUUGUCGUUCAUACCGGAGUACCUGCUUGGACUCUGACCAUGCCCUAAUACGGGCACGCAUCUGCUUGCGCCUCACUGGACGCAAAAAAGCCACAGUAAAAAGACCCAUUAGAACUGAAUUGAGUAGCGAGAAAACCUAAAGUAGGUUCCAGGAACAACUGAGGUCACAAUUAGGUAGUUCUGAAAACGAGGCUGACCCAGAUUUUGCUUGGAAAGAUAUACAAACAGCUGUGGAAACAACAGUGACAUCUAUCAGUGAUUUAAACCACAGGGUUACAAAAAACCAAUGGAUUUCUUCAAGAUCUAUAGCACUGAUGGAUUCUCGAAAAAUCGUCCCAUCAGGCUCUGAACACGAUGAAGAGCGACAACAAAUCAGAUCUAGGUUAAGCAAAAGUCUAAGGAACGACCGUGAGCAGUGGUGGGCAACGAAAGGAAAAGAGAUGGAAAAGGCGGCGGCUAUAGGGAACACAAGACAGCUUUAUAGACUAAUAAAUGAAACUGGAACUAAUAAGUCAAGUGUAAGUGAGAUUAUUUCGGAAAAAGACGGCACUCUCAUCUGCUCCCAAUCCACUUAUCGACUUAGAAUACGCAGAUGACAUAGUCCUGUUUGGUGAAGACGCUGAUGAAAUGCAGUCUUUUGGUAGCACCAAGCAACAAUGCCAGAAUGUUUGGAAUGCGCUUCUCUCCCUCUAAAUGCAAGUUGUUGCUCCAGGACUGGUCUGCGUCAACACCUAAACUAAGGAUAGGGAGUGAAGUAGUCGAACGCGUCGACAACUUCACUUAUCUUGGAAGUCUGAUCAACCCUAAUGGGUUGGUGUGUGACGAAAUCUCAGCACGGAUUCGAAAAGCUCGUUUGGCUUUUGCCAACUUACGUCACCUAUGGCGAAGGCGAGAUAUCCGUCUAUCAAUAAAAGGACGAGUAUACUGCGCGGCAGUCCGUUCUGUUUUAAUUUACGGCAGCGAAACAUGGCCAUUAAGAGUAGAAGACACCCGUAAGUUACUAGUAUUUGACCACAGAUGCCUCAGAAAUAUUGCUGGCGUCUGCUGAGAUCACCGGGUAAGUAAUAGUGAGGUUAGACGCAGGGUAUUAGGUAAUGAUGGUAAAUCAGUUGAUGAGGUUGUUGAUCUUCAUCGACUGAGAUGGUUGGGCCACGUGUUACGUAUGCCUGAACACCGAUUACCACGUCGUGCAAUGCUAUCCGGUAUUGGAGACGGUUGGAAGAAAGUUAGGGGCGGCCAAACCAAAACGUGGCAUCAGUGCUUGAAGACACUAAACUCUAGUCUGAGCCAUGUUGGUAGAUGCAGACUACUUGGUUGGGGUCCGCGUGACUUUCGUAACCAAUGGUUGGAGACUCUUGGUGACAUGGCUCAGAAUAGACCACAAUGGCGUAGGUGUAUACACUCCCUGUCUUCCCUUAAACUAAGAGAUUAAAAUCACUUCAUAUCUUUCUUUCUACUAACUAAUUCUUUCUUCCUGUACUGUAUCCUUAUAUGCAAUCUUUCUCCUAUAUAUUACCACCUUUGACCUAACCACUGAUAUGAAUCCUGUGUUCAUCUUGCUGUGCUAAUGCGGUACGGCAACCUGGACCGAUGCAUAUAUGUCCCUGGUCCUACGUUGUAGCUGACUGACUGACUGACUGACUUAUUUCUCACACCUGAUUUCACAGAUGUGUAUUAAGAAUUACACUGUAUAUUUUUUGUGUGACUUCCGAUUACUACAAAUGCUUUUUGUUAUGGGGACAUUUCCAUUCGUUUUAAAGAUGAACAAGCUAUUGCAAUCUAUUUCUGACAAGUUGAAACAUUUGGAAUCAAUUGCAACACCAGAUGCAGUAAACUAUGUUGAAGCAUGCCUCAAAGUACAGAAUAAACAGUUGCUGCACAGAAUAAAGUCGUUAAAAGAAUCAGUUAUUCAGCAGGAGCUACUUCUUGGAUUAAAUCAACAACAACUUCAUCAUUUACCCUCUGUUAAGGCUGUAUCCAAUGGUUCUAAUUUGAAUGGAAAUUCACUGGAAAUCGGACAUUUGUCCGAUAAAGGAUUAGUGCCGGAAGCAGAGCAACCCAAACAGAGGACAGAGGUACAAACGGACUCGGUGAAAACUAAAAAUCGGAAUACCGAACGUAAAAUACCAGAUGGAAAACCACAAUCUGCUGAAAAGCCUGUUGAUAUUGGUCGUCUGGAUCUACGUGUCGGUCGAAUUAUAGAUGUAAAUCGCCAUCCUGAUGCUGACUCUUUAUACGUAGAGAAAGUUGACUUGGGUGGAAAUGAAAUACGCACUGUUGUCAGUGGGUUGGUGAAAUAUCUACCUAUCGAGUCACUACAAAACCGAGUCGGGAUAUUUCUCUGCAAUCUCAAGCCAGCAAAAAUGCGUGGUGUUGAAUCGGAAGCAAUGCUAAUGUGUGCAAGCUCUCCAGAUACAUGUGGAGUAGAGCCUCUGAUUGUUGAGGGCCCAGAUAUACAGUUAGGUGAUUCAGUUGUGGUUCCUGGAUAUAAUCACGAUCCUGAUGACCAACUUAAUCCCAAAAAGAAAAUUUUUGAACAAGUGAAACCAGAUCUUAGAGUAAAUGAAAACGGGAUCGCUAUGUAUAAAAAUGUUUCAUGGACACUAAAAGGGUCUUCUCUUGCUGUGAUUAAAUCACUCGGGGUCAAAGACGCUCAAAUAGCUUAGUUGCUAACUAUACCCUUUUUAAAAUAUGCUAAUAAUUAUAUAUAAUGUUUUCGGGA